AUUCACAAUGUCGCGUUGGGAGAAGACGAAUUUGAAGAUGAGUUAGAUGAUAAAGAACUUAUCAGCUGCGUUAAAGCCAACCCGUUGUUAUAUGAUAAAUCAGAAAAAUUCUAUAGUAAUAGUAAAGUGAAAAGAGUGAUUUGGGAGGAUAUUGGCAAUAAUUUGACCAACAAAAAAACAGGUGCUGAAACUGAUCAUCGAUUUUAUCAGUUGCGACAGCGAUUUGGCAGAGAAAGAAGGAAAUGUAUUCAAUCUCAGCCUCGAUCAGGUGCUGGAGCUGGCCAACCAACAUAUACAUCGCAAUGGAAUCUUUACAAUGACCUAAUGUUUUUGACUGAUAUAAUAAAACAUCGAAAGACUAUUUCAAAUUAUAAAAGAAAAGAAUCAACUUCAAAAGCAAUAGUACAAGUAAACUUGCCAACCCCCAAUCUGCCUUCAAGUUCGACAUCAAGUUCCUCAUCUGCAUCAAACUUGUGGAACGAAGACUUGAUUACUAUUUCGUGUGAUGAUGUUAAUGAAAGUUCAAAUACGGUUGAGCCCUUACCAUCUGUGCAACCUUCUACAUCAUCGCUACCACGAAGUUCAUCACUUUCAGCAUCUGAAGGUAGUGAAAUAUCUAUUGUAGAAGAAAUGCAACACGCUAUUAAUACCAGUAAACAAUGCGUUCCACAGUCAGAUCUGUUUGCCAAACGAAAAAAGCAGAAAUUCGAUGUUUUUAGUAACACUAUGUUGGAACAAUCGAAAAAUUUAAAUGUGUUGGCACAAAAAGUAGGGGAUGCACUUACUUCAUCUCCAUCUGUAUCUAAUGUUAAUGUUACAGAACCUUUUAAUUCAUUUCGUCCCGAUGUGAAAACUAUGCUAACUUCUUUAGGUUUUGCUUUGCAAAAAAUUCCCGAGUCGAAACAUUUGGAUAUCCUAAUUAGUCUCACGCAGUUAGUAAAACAAUAUAUGGAAGAUGAUAUAACGAAGUAAUGAGUUCAAACAAAGACUUUUGCGUAAUUGUUUCUUAAAAGUAAAAGUUUUACAUUAUUAUUACGUAAAAUUUAUUUUUUUUGUUUCUUAUUUUCAAAGUAUAUAAUAUUAAUUAAUAUACUAUUAAUAUAUACGUCAAAGUACUUAAGUGAAAGAAUACUAAAUACUUGAUUAAACCUUAUACUUGAUUAAUACUUGACUAAAACUUACAACUGCUUUUAGUAUAAAGUAAUUUUAAGAGUUGCGGUAAAUUAUACAGCGUUACAUUUUUAUACAUAUAUUCUUUUAGUUCCUUUAUAUUUAGGGUGCGUUCAGGAUGACGCUAAUAACGCUAUUUAGCGCUACUAAUCUAUAAUAUAAUUUAUGCCACACUACAUAUAGAGUUUUAGUGCUAAAUAGCGCUAAUAGCGUCAUCCUGAACGCACCCUUAAUAACUUAUAAAGUAUUUUCGUUAACAAAUGUUUGUUUGAGAAAAUUACAAGAGCUUUCUUUCUAAAACUGCUUUUAUUAAAAGAUAUUAUAGGUUUUUAUUUCUUAGUUACACAAUUACUGAUCAACCAAAAUUUGCGUUCUAUAUGCUAGAAAAAUUGUUUUUUCUAAUUAAAUGUAUGAAAUGUCUGUGAUAAACAUACAUUAUUAAUAAAUAAAGAGAAAGAGAGAAGUCUGUUUUAAAGAAAAA